CGUGCGCCAAAAUCAGUGAACGACAAAAAACAGAGGAACUCAAACCUGCUGCAGCGUCCCACAGACUUAAUUAACAAAGCACUCAGAUUCUACCGAGUCUCUCUCACUUAAAUAACCCCCCUCGAUGGGAUCUUGGUAAUUUUAUCGACAAGCAAUCCAUCCUCAGUUAGUUUUUAAUUAGUAUAAUGAGAACUUUUGCUCUGAAAUGGCUCUUCUCCGUUAUCCUUUUCUGGGUCUCCUUCAACAGCGCUGAGGAGGCUGCGGUGGUGACGACGGUGGAUGUGCACGAUGCAAAAGGGCUGCUGGGUUCCGGUCACCGCUACCUAGACGUCAGGACCGCGGAGGAAUUCAGCAAGGGUCACCUGGAGAACUCUCUCAAUGUUCCUUUCAUGUUCUUCACCCCACAAGGGAGAGUGAGGAACCCAGAUUUUGUCGAGCAGGUGUCGCUGGUCUGUAACAAGGAGGAUUUCAUUAUGAAGGGAUGCCAAAGUGGAGUGCGAUCGCUGCAAGCAAGUGCCGAUCUUCUAAAAGCGGGAUUCAAGAAUGUGAAAAACGUGGGAGGUGGAUAUGCUGCGUGGUUGGAAAAUGGAUUUCCUGUGAAGAAACCUGAAGAGGAAACAUCAAGUAGCAAGCCUCACACCGAAGAAGUUGUUACCGUGGAUGUUCACUCAGCCAAAGGCCUCAUUUCUUCGGGCCACUGUUAUUUAGAUGUCAGGACUGUGGAGGAAUUCAAGAAGGGCCACCUAGAGAAUUCACUCAAUGUUCCUUAUUGGUUCUUCACUCCAGAAGGAAAGGUGAAGAACCCGGACUUUGUUGAACAGGUCUCGUUGGUCUGCAACAAUGAAGAUCAGAUAGUUGUGGGAUGUCAAUGUGGGGUGCGAUCAUUACAAGCAUCAACUGAUCUUCUCAAAGCUGGUUUCAAGAAUGUGAAGAACAUGGGAGGAGGUUAUGCUGCAUGGGUUGAGAACGAUUUUGAUGUGAAGAAAUUCGAAGACGAGUUGUAGAUUAGUAGUUGUUAUGAAGUCAAAUUGAUGUCUUUGAUAUUGCUAUGUGUACAUAUGUAGAUUAACUAUAAGAAGACCACGGGCCAAAAAAAAUAAAAAUAAAGAAGGAUUAUUUAUGUGUGAA